UCCCGGCAAAUGGAGUAGGCGUUCAGGGAUCACUUUCUGCUUCGAAAACACUGACGGCUCCAGCGUUUGUUUUUUUCUGCCGAUAUCUCCCAAAUAAAACAUGCAUCCAGACUCCAGCUCAGAGUUCGACCCUUCCUCCAGCUGUAGCACAGCAUCGCCUGGCGGGGACACCCCUGGGUGCAGCCAGCAUCCUCCUGACUCGCUUUCAUCAUCAGUGGACAGCGCCGAGGACAGUGACACCGGCUCUGUGGCUGUAAUCUCAGCGUCACUAAAGUGGAUGGUGCAGCCAACAGCUGUCACAUCUGUCUCUGCGUCGUGUGGUCGAGCAAAAACCAGAAGUCAUGGCGCAACCCAAACGUCUUCCCCUGCGGGUGUAAAGAAGGCGAAAGCCUGCAAGAGGAAAGGGCAAAAAGAGCAGCCUUCCAAAGAGGAGGAGGAAAGGAGGAGGAUCAGGAGGGAGAGGAACAAGAUUGCUGCAGCAAAGUGUCGUAACAGAAGGAGGGAGCUAAUAGACAGCCUUCAAGCUGAAACCGAUUUGCUGGAGGAGGAGAAGUCUGUCCUUCAGACAGAGAUAGCCACCCUGCUGAAGGAAAAGGAGAGACUGGAGCACGUCUUAGCUUCCCACAAACCUCCCUGCAAACUCCCUGCUAACCAUGACAGUGACAGGGAGGAGGAUGAUGAUGUUAACUCAAUGCUGCAGGAUCCUCCAGCCUUCCCGCAGCUGCUGUCCAUCCUAGAGAAUGUAAAGGCUCCAGAGAGCAACGCGGCGGUCGGAGAAAUCCCUGCUAGUCAGGACAUGGACAAUGUCCCAUGCAUCCCAGCUGCUGCCAUUCUGGGAAACUCCAACAUUCUCCUGUGUUCCAGCGCAGAAGAAGAGACUCUGGAGGACUUGCAAGGGGAUGACCUGGACGACUUGGUGCCAAGCCUGGAGAUGGCCGUGACCUCAGAGACGGCUGCCUCCGUCCCUGACAUAGACCUGAGCGGCCCCUUCAGCCUGCCAGACUGGGAAACUCUGUACAAAUCUGUAGCAAGUGAUCUUGAGUCUUUGAGCACACCGGUCAUGUCUUCCAGUCCCACUUGUAGCAAUUACCGCUCAGUCUUCUCCUUUAAUUAUUCUGAGAUUGAAUCCUUGGCUGACACCUGUGAGGGCCUCAAAGGCGGCCUUGGAGCUUCUGAGUUAAUGAAAGAUAGUCUUAACUCGCCAACUCUACUGGCCUUGUGAAUGCAAAGAAGUUAUGCAACAUUACUCUGUAUUUGUAAUCUAGCCAGCCAGAAAGCUAUGAUCUCUAUCUAUGAUAAUCUUUUGUAGUGUGAGCUUGGAUGUUGUGUAAACCUAAACAUCUAAGAUGGUGCGUUUUCUGUGACUGUAACAGGGUUUAAUUAUUCCAUAUCGUUACAAUUGUUUGAAUUGAGACUAUGUGCUGGAUUCAAAGUGCAUGCAAAUCUAAAUCAUUGGUAUUCCAAGAGGUGGUAUCUUGUGUUUUUAAAUAACUUCCUGUGAUGUGAAUUUAUGCUUAUUAGCAUACGUGUUAAUACUGUUGACUAAAGUUGUAGCACGUGAAAAUAGAGGGUUAUAUGUAGCAGCGUACGUGUAACAUCUUGCUGUAAGGUGUCCCCUGACUUGACUACAUUUCCUUUCAAGUAUUUCCAUGACAAAACUGAUCAUGCCAUGUAUUUUCUCAAGAUGUAUUUUAUGACAUAGUUUAUUUUUUUACAUAUCAAAAGAUGAUACUGAUGCAAAAAAGAGCAAAACAAAACAAGUGAACGAUGCUGGAAAUAAAGCAAAACAUCCACGCUUUGUCUUACCAUUGUUGUCAGUCAAAGAAUGACUCUGUUUGAAUAAACAGUCAUAACUCAAA